GAUUCAGAUGUAGCUGUGUAGAUUCCUUAAGCCUUUGUUAUUUCGUAUAUAUUUUUUUUUUAUAGAAAUUUACAGAUGUGAGUGUUAAAUAUACAGAAAUACAUAUAAAUGUUCGUGAAAAUAGGAUUUAAAUAAUAAGACAUAAUGGCGCGAUGUCGACGGAAACGAAAAAUGUGCAAAACUCGUUGCCGCACCAAACAGGGCAGAUUUAAACGUUGCCGAUCCGGCGACAGACGGUACAGCAUCAGAUCCGGCUGUAGGAGACGCAGCCAUCGACGUUCUAGAUGCAGACGUAGAGGACGUUACCAAUGGCGUUGUCGUUCACGGUCUGGCUCGUUCAAGAGAUGUCGCUACUGUGAUAGGCGGUACAAGAUGAGACGCCGAUCCUGCUCGUACUGAUGUUUUGUGAGUUUCGUUUAAGUAAAUUCUAUUGCUUUGUCUUUGUAAGCUAUUGAAGCUCUUCCUUUAUAGCUACUAUUGUAGUAUUCGUGCCUUAAGGCUUAAGCUAAGAAUAAUCAUGCCAGAAAUACGCCAUAGUAUAUUAAGUCUCUUGAAAUUAUUUUUUGAUAUAAAAAUUAUAUUAUUUGUAUAAUUUGACAAAAAAAUAUUGUAUAUACACGAAAUGAAUGUCUUUAACAGUAACAUAGAAAGGUGUGUUUAUAUAUAUAAAGCUUUGUAUUUGUAAUUAAAAAACUUGACAUAUGUUUAGGUAUAUAACUCCUAAUAUCUACAAUAAUAUGCAAUUUAAAAAUUUGUAUCUUUGAUUGUUUUGUCAUCGUGCAACACCACGCCGAUGUAAUCCGCUGGAACUCUAAAUCCAAAACCUGGCCUUCAAUAACUUUUAAAGUGAAAUAUUUUUAAUCUAUGCUUAAAUAUAUAUAUGAAUGUGGUAUUUCGUUUGUCGAUCAAUACUUUACUAAUAAAAUGAAAAUCGGACCCACAAAAAAAACAAAUUAAAUAUUAAAUUAGAAUUUUUAAUAUAAUUUUUUUUUUCAGUGAUGUCUCUAAAAUGCUGUCCUUUGCCUGUGUGUUGUGUAAAAUAUAAAAGUUAUUUAUUUAAAUAGAAA